AUGUGGAUGCUCGUGCCGUAUUUGCGAGUCGGCGCCAACGGCGGCGUCAUUGUUUUUAAACGCUGGCGCUUCCCGAGAGGAAAGGGGUGGUGCCUUCUCUUAUCGGGCGCGGGCGUCGAUGAGACGGCAACCAUGAUGGGAUUUCAGAUCCCGACGAAUCGUCAUCUCCGCCUCUCGGUAUUCUUCUCUUUCGCGCUUAAUUCUAAUAAAUACGGCUUAGAUGAUGGUGAAAGA